AUGCCUCCUGCGAAGCGUACCACCGCCCCACAAGCCAGGCGCUCGAAACGGCUACGAACAGACUUCUCUGAGGCCGGACCUUCAUCGGUUGUGGAGAAUCCUCCGAUGCCUCAGCAGCAAACUGGACAAGGAAGAGAAAUACAAGGAGGACAGGGAGCGAUGCAGCUGGACGUGCGGGCUCUCACAAGUACUAUUUCCGUGGCCGUCGCACAGGCCGUAAAGCAUGCAAUGGCUGCGCAUCAAGCCACCGUCUCCAGUACGGUAAUGCCAACGCCAACGCCGUCAGCCGCAGUAGAGCAGGUUGUGCAAAACGAAGUCCUCUCAUAUACAACAGGUACAAUUGAACAGGCACCCCUACCAGAAUUGCUUGGGGUUAGCGAUCAGCCUAGCCACCCCUUCUCUAGCAUAGCUGUUAAUCUAGGUUCUCGUGUUAGCGCUAAAAUCAAAGCGAAAAUCUGGGCAAAUGAAUAUAUUGACUUUGGGGCACUGCUCUCUGUCGCACCCCCUCGAGAAAAGUUUGCUCUUUCCAUGGUUUCCAGUGGGGGUGCCGUAAAUCAACCACAGUUAACUCUCGAGCCUUAUCAUACACCGAAAAAGGUCACUAAUAUCAGCCAGUGGCUCACCGCUUUUAACACAUUUGUAUCCAUUUAUUCCGUAAACUGUUCCCAGGAUGCCCCUAAGCUAAUGAAAUAUUGCGAAGUGGUGCGUGACCUUGCUAAUAAGUCUGGGGACUGGAUUUUCUAUGAUGAGCAGUUUCGUUAUUUGCGACAAUCGUCCCCUGAAUUUUACCCGUGGGAUCAAAUUCAUUGGGAGCUAUGGCUACGUGCCAUGACUAAUUUUCGGGUCAAAUCACAAUCUUUCACCGGUAGUGAUAGAACAACCCCGCGGGGGCGAUUUCGAACCUCCACUCCCCCCUUUCCUAGGGGAGCCUGUUGGUCAUUUCAUUCA